AUGUCGCACACCGGUCCGCUCGGCAGCGGCGGCGGCGGCGGCACAAGCGACGGCACGGCCACGGCGUCGACGCCUCUGCUGCACUCAGACACAACCUCGACACUAGGCCCGGCAAGCUCGUCCUCGUCAUCGCUCCGGUCGCUCUCUCCGCUGCGCGGCGGCGACAAGCGGCUGCAGGCGGUGGCGGCGGCGCGCAGCCUGUCGUUCGCGUCGGCGGUGCUGUCGUCGCUGUGCGCGGGUUCCGUGACCGUGUUCAGCCUGUACGGGCACAUCUUCCAGGAGCGGCUGCACUACACGCAGUUCCAGGUCAACGGCGUCGCCUGCGCCGCCUCCAUCGCCAUGUACAUUCUCGUGCCGCUGCUGGGCUACCUGUGCGACCGCGUCGGGCCCGCGCCGCUGUCGCUGCUGGCGGCCGUCUUCUUUGGUGUUGGCUAUGGUCUGGCUGCUGCGCUGUACAGGAGGGUCGUGGGCGACGCGCAGGAGGGUGGGGCUCUGGUGCAGCAGCACGGCUCGUGGACGUUCGCGGCCAUGAUUGUCGCGUUUGUCUUUAUCGGUGUUGGUACGUGUAGCAUGUAUUUGAGUGCUGUGGCGACGUGCGCAAAGAACUUUGGCAAGGGCAGGCACCGCGGGCUGGCGCUCGCGGUGCCCAUCGCGGCGUUUGGGCUCAGCGGCAUGUGGCUGAGCCAGCUGGGCAGCCGCGUGUUCUGCGAGCGGCUGCCCGACGGCACCAAGGGCGACGUGGACGUGUUCCGCUUUUUCCUGUUUCUCGCCGUGCUGCUGUUUGUGGUGGGUUUGUCUGGCACCGUCGGGCUCAAGAUUGUCGACGAGCGCGACUUUAUCGACGAGGCUGUCGAGGAGCUCGAACGCAGUGGUAUUCUAGACGGCAGCGCCCUGUUCGGCCCCAGCAGGUCCGAGAGGGGCUACGGGGCCAUCGAGCAGUCGACGAAUCCGUUCGACGAGGGAGACGACGCGGGGAUUCUCGGCCCCUCCAACGACGACUUGGACGAGGACGAGGCGCGCCUCAAGAAGCAGUGGGUGCUCAACGCCGAGACGCGGCGCUUCUUGACGGACCACACCAUGUGGUGCUUUGCGCUCGGCUUCUUCUUCAUGAUCGGGCCCGGCGAGGCCUUUAUAAACAACCUGGGCACUGUCAUCAAGACGCUGUACCCGCCGACGUUGCACUACGAGGGCAAGCCCACGUCGGCGGCCACCCACGUGUCGAUUGUGGGUAUCACGAGCACCGUGGUGCGGCUGCUCACGGGCACCUUGACGGACCUGCUAGCGCCGAGCCCGCAGGCGCGGCACAUCCAGAUCACGUCGGAGUCGACGCGGGGGCGGCACCUGUCCGUGUCGCGCAUCUCGUUUCUGCUUUUCUUCGCAGGCGUGCUGUCGCUGGGGCUGGCCAGCCUGGCGUCGGGCCUGAUUCAGAACCACGGCGAGCGGUUUUGGAUCGUGUCGGGGCUCGUGGGCGCGGGCUACGGCGCCGUCUUCAGCCUCACGCCCAUCAUCAUCACCGUCAUCUGGGGCGUCGAGAACUUUGCCACCAACUGGGGUAUUGUUGCCAUGUUUCCGGCCCUGGGCGCUACCACGUGGGGCGUCAUCUACUCGGCCGUCUACCAGGCCGCGGCGAAGCGGGCUGCUGGCUCUCCAGGGGGCGGGGACGGGGACGGGGACGGGGGCGGUGGUGGCCAGGAUGUCUUUUGCUACGGGGCCGCCUGCUACGCGCCGACGUUCUGGGCCAUGGCGGCGAGCAUCUGGGUCGCGUGUGGCUUGGUCCUGUGGGCGUGGAAGGGCAAGAACGGGUGGGCGCAGAGAGGAGUUGUCGUUUGAGGGGGUCAUGUUUUCAUGUUUUCAAUUGGCUCUGUCGCAUGUGUACUCUGUACUGUACAUACAAAGCUGGAGUGUGCCGGGGCUCGAACCCUUUUGUGGCCUUUUUUGGCCUUUUUGGCCUUUUUUUGUAUAUGUCAUUUCACGAUUGGUUUUCUAUAGACGAUAUACUGUAGAAUCUCGUUUGUCUAAUAACUUGCCAGGUUCUGUCCCCAUUUUUGUCUCGGGCGGGUACCCCUGACUUGGGAGGGAGGCCAGCCAGGGCUUGGCAGGUGUUCUGGGUGGUAUCUAUGUACAGUAUGCGCAGCGGACCCAUACUGUACCGUGUGAAU